AUGUCAAAAAAUACAAUGCAAUUUGAUACUAUCUCAAAUGAAACAAAUCCUUCAUGUCAAAGAAGUUCUUCCGGAAGUGGAAAAAUGUUAUCAUUACCAACAUUUUUUGGUAUAAAUAGAACAAAGAGUUCAAAUGAUGUUAGCAUAAAAGAUUUUAAUGAUUUAUCAAAUUUAAAUAAUAACGAUUCAAUGAAUUUUGUCUUUUCAAGUAAUCGUUUAUCACCACAAUGUUCAAUGAGAAAAAAAGAUAAUAAAUAUUCUUCUAGUGUAGAUGUCUCCAGAGUUGGAAAUGAUGUCAUUCAAAAUUGUAAUAGAAGUAGUGCAGGAAGUCAUGGAAAAAAUUCUCCAAUUAAUAAAUCAAAUAACAGCAUAAAUUCAGAAAAAUAA